AUGGAGAAUACUAACGAGAAGAAGAAACUCUCAAGACAAUCUUCUUCUUUCAAACUACAAAGUCCGAGUCUAAACGCAAUCCGUCUCCAUCGAAUCUUCGACUUAUUCGACAAAAACAACGACGGAUUCAUCACCGUCGAUGAACUGAGUCAAGCUCUUUCACGACUCGGUCUCGAAGUCGAUUCCACCGAGCUCAAAUCAACCGUCGAAUCUUUCAUCAAACCGGAACAAACCGGACUAGGGUUCGAAGAUUUCGCAGCACUCCACAAAACUCUAGACGAAUCUUACUUCGAAAACGGAGACCGCGAGUACGACGCUGACGACGGAGAAUCAUCACCGGAAUCAGAUCUUGAAGAAGCUUUCAAAGUGUUUGACGAAGACGGUGAUGGGUUUAUCUCCGCCGUGGAAUUACAAAACGUUUUGAACAAGUUAGGGCUUCCUCAAGGUGGAGAUUUCGAACAAGUGAAGAAGAUGAUUGUCUCUGUUGAUACUAAUCACGAUGGUCGCGUUGACUUUCUCGAGUUCAAAAACAUGAUGCAAACUCUUCUCGUUCCUUCCUCUUCCUCUUGA